AGAUAUUCGCGGACUAGAAGUAGAAAUCAGCUUUCUCGUGGUUGCUCCGACGGUUGGCGGCGAUGGGCUGCGUCUCUCUCCCCAUCGUCCGCUUAUGAAAUAUAUUCUCUCUCCACGAAACACUUCUAUCAAAUCUAUUAUCUCUUUGCCUACGAAGCCACUCAUGGCUUCUUCCGUCGCCCUCACUCAAAUCCAAGAUCAAAAUCCAUUGCGAGACCUAGGUGACGAACAACAACAAGAAGUAGAUUCUAGCUCGAUUACCGACGUGGUUUCGCAGAGUCGGAAUCUGAGCGGGGAGUCACUAAUCGAGAGAGCAUGGGCUCAUUGGACUAAGCUAGGCAAGCCGAAAUUGAUAGUGGCGCCAAUGGUUGACAAUUCUGAGCUGCCGUUUCGUAUGCUCUGUCGAAAGUAUGGGGCUCAGGCCGCCUAUACGCCUAUGUUGCAUUCUCGCAUUUUCACAGAGACCGAAAAGUAUCGAAGAGAGGAAUUCACCACUUGUGAGGAAGAUCGCCCAUUGUUUGUCCAAUUUUGCGCCAAUGAUCCAGACAUAUUAUUGGAAGCUGCUAAGAGAGUGGAGCCUUACUGUGAUUAUGUUGACAUUAACCUGGGUUGUCCUCAACGCAUUGCCAGGCGGGGGAACUAUGGAGCUUUCUUAAUGGACAACCUUCCUCUUGUAAAAUCUCUAGUUGAAAAAUUGGCUUCAAACCUCAAUGUUCCUGUUUCUUGCAAAAUCAGGGUCUUUCCGAAGUUGGAGGAUACUAUAAAAUAUGCUAAAAUGUUAGAGGAAGCCGGUUGCUCCCUUCUUGCUGUCCAUGGCCGAACAAGAGAUGAGAAAGAUCAGAAGAAAGUCCGGGCAGACUGGAAAGCUAUUAAGGCUGUAAAAAGUUGCAUUAGAGUUCCUGUACUUGCCAAUGGGAACAUAAGGCACAUGGAUGAUGUCCAUGAUUGUUUGAGAGAAACCGGAGUUGAUGGGGUCCUUUCAGCUGAUUCUCUCCUAGAGAAUCCGGCUUUGUUUGCUGGAUAUCGGACUCCUGAAUGGGCAUCAGUUAGCGAAGAAGCAAAUCUGGACCAGGCGGAUUUAUUAGUGGAGUACUUGAAGCUUUGCGAAACAUACCCAGUUCCAUGGAGAAUGAUCCGUGCUCAUGUUCACAAAAUGUUAGGGGAGUGGUUCAGGAUUCAGCCUCAUGUGAGAGAAGAUUUCAAUGCACAAUCCAAACUGACCUUUGAAUAUCUUUAUAACAUGGUUGAUCAACUUAGGGAGCUCGGCGUGAGAAUUCCUCUUCACCAGAAGAAUUUCCCAUUAUCGGGGGUUCAAGCGAACGGUUCAGCUAUGUGAAGCAUGGGACACACACAAAUUGAUUGAGUUAACCUGCUUGGAGUUAUGUUUCAUAUUACUGGCAAAAUUACAUUUGCCAAUUGUGAAAUUUUCCAAUUGUGUAAUUUUUGCUAUUAGAACAACACUAUCAUUGUGGUGCAUUCUAGCUUGAUUGAUUCAUUGGGGAAGCAGUUGCGUGAGCAGAGAAAGAUGCUCCUUUUUAACAGAUUUUUGACUAGCUAGCGAAUUACACAAUAGCCGAGCUCAUCUUUGUUGUAUUUUUUUUUUUAUUGAGACAACAGUUUUCACUAGGACUCAGAGCCGUUGCUCCUGUAGAAGAGACUUGUAUUUUUCUUUUAAGGCUUUUUGAACAUUAUAUUUGACAAUUUUGGAGCUCUUUAA